AAGAUUUAUAAGGGAAAUACCGGAGGUGGACGGAGUCCUCAGUUGCUCAAAGUCGUUCAAAGAUCACGUUUCGUAUUGUUUGUGCGGUUUGUUCAAAGAGUUCGUUCAAAUAUGCACGUGAAAUCGAUAUUUUUAUUGAUAACGAUAUUGACGUUUGUGGCGUUAAAACCAGUGAAAAGUAUGAGUGCCGAUCAGGUAGAAAAAUUAGCUAAGAAUAUGCGAAAAUCGUGCUUGCAAAAAAUCGCCAUAACGGAAGAGUUAGUCGAUGGGAUGCGAAGAGGCGAAUUUCCCGAUGAUCACGAUCUUCAAUGCUACACCACAUGCAUCAUGAAGUUAUUAAGAAGUUUUAAAAAUGGGAACAUCGACUUCGAUAUGAUCAUAAAACAACUAGAAAUCACGAUGCCACCGGAAGAGGUAGCUAUAGGGAAAGAAAUCGUGGAAGCAUGCCGUAACGAAGAAUAUACCGGCGACGAUUGCCAGAAAACGUAUCAAUACGUGCAAUGCCACUACAAACAGAACCCGGAAAAGUUUUUCUUCCCGUGAAUAAUGCCACGAUCGAGGAAAAGAAUCGAUCGUACCAGAAAUAUUAGCGAAAUAUCGCAUUCAAUAUUUGCAAUAUCGAUUAGUCUUAAACUUAUUUAUAACGUGGAACUUGGAAAUUAGUUUCAGAUAUUAUUCGUAUAAUUUGAUUUUGUAUAUUUAU